AUGCGUCUUGCCCCGCAGCCAAGCGCGCAACCCUUGCGGCUCAUAGUUCUGCUCCUCCUCCUCUCCACGGGGGUGAUCGCAUCCCCGGUGCUCUCCUCUGGCUGCCCGGACAGGUGCGUGUGUGAUGACCAGCUGGUGGUUCAAUGCGCUGGGCAGCAUCUGACAACCUUCCCGGUCAACUUGCCGCUGGCCACGCGGCAGCUCAUCAUCUCCAACAACCGCAUCGUGGAGCUGCCGCCGCUCGCGCUCAACUACCUCUCCGAUCUGGUCUACCUGGACUGCAGCAACAACUCCCUGACGGAGAUAUCAGAGUCCACGUUUGGGAAUCUACGCAAGCUGGCCUACCUGGACCUCUCCUUCAACACCUUGACCCGAAUCGAGGACAGGACCUUCGGCCCCUUGGCAAGUCUUGUGAUGCUGAGGAUGACGGACAACCCGGGGCUCUCCGAGAUUCAUCCGGACGCCUUUGCGGAAAACGCAGCCCUUCAGGUUCUGGAUGUGAGCCGGAACAACCUGACGGUCCUCAACAUCACCUCUCUGAUCGCGCUGCCCGCCCUGCGCUCGGUGGGUCUCAGCGGGAACCCGUGGAGCUGCGAGUGCGACAACGAGGACCUGUGCCUGUGGGUCCACCUGGAGGGCUUCAAGUUCCAAGAUGAGGGCCAGACAGUGUGUGGCUCUCCUGCUGACAUGCAGGGCCGUCGACUGGGUGAGGUGGGCAUCCAGCUACGGACGUUAUGUCACCAGACUCUGGGGUCCUGGGACUACCUUUUCUUUGUCGUCAUCGGCUUUGUCAUCUUUGCCGCCGGCACCGUGUCGGCCUGGGUGAUGGGCGUCAUCAUGGUGCUCUACGAGCGCUACAUCAAGAAGAAAGACGAACAGCUCGAUGUGGACGACGAGGAAGAAACCAGUGAGACGGGUCGUACCUCAAGGGCCAGGAGUGACCAUGGCAACGGGAAUUUAAAAACCUCACAUAAUGUUUAAAAGAUGAAUCCUUACCCUGCCCGCUAUGGAUUCCCACAGUGCCUCCUGUCAACUUCCAGGACUGUCUGUGAAGUCUCUAGACUCCAGUCAAACAGAAUCUGUUUAACAGGCUCAGCUCCGAAAGAGAGGAUUCAUUAGAUAAGGGGAAUGUCAUUCUGCUCAUUUGUAGUGGGCUUUCAGGUGAUGUAACACACACUCUGGCUGCCAUAGUGGAGGUCUCUGUAAUAUUAGACUGUUAGACUGGUCAUCCCUCCCAAAAAAACAACCUAUAUCAGCAGUAAAGGUGGUUAUCUGGGAAGCAGCUAGCUCACCUUGCUCUGAAAUAAUGUACUAGUUUUACAGAGGAUAAUCUGAACACAUGCUCAUUUUGGUUUAUGUACCAGUGACAGUGGUUUCAUUUCCCACCUUAAAAGACUAUUUUGACAUUUGGGGAAAUACGCUUUCUUUCCAAGAGUGAAAUGAGAAGAUUAGUACCACUCGGCCUGUACACUAAAUAUGAAGCAACAACCGUAGCUUAGCUUAACAUCAACUCUGGAAAAGGGGGAGAAACAGCUUCCCUGGCUCUGUAUAAAGGUAACAAAAUCCGCUUAUCAGCUAUUUCCCAUAUUUUAAACUUUUAUGCAAACCUAAGCUAAGCUUGGCUGUAGCUUUAUAUUUAACAGACAAAUAUGAGAGUGGUGUCAGUGUGCUUAUCAAACUCUUUACAAGAAAGAGAGUAAGAUUAUUUCCCAAAAUGGUGGACUUUUUCUUUAACCACCAUCUGGGUCCAGAUGGCUAAUUUGACCAUUCGUUACUAUAUCCAGUAAAAACCUAAAAUUAGAAGUGCAGAUCAGAUUGAAGUCAAGAGUUUUCACUUUCAAUUACCCCCAAGGCUGUUUUCUCUCUCUGUCUAUUGGGGAUAAGCAUGCCAUAUUAUCUAGUUUUGUAUAAUAAUUAUCUAAUCUUGUACUUGUGAUAUUACAAAUUGGAUAUAUACACGUGCUACUAAUUAAUCUGACAAUCUGUUUCCAGAGCCUGCUGAUAUAGCAUUGUUUGUACACAAAAUAAUCACCAGUGGACCUCCAUGAUAGCAUCAAGCAUAGUGGGAGAAUUGUGACUCAGCUUCACAGCAUCUUUGUAAAACUGGAAAGUGGUGUGGUCAUUUUACUAAGUAGUAUGAAAGGAGAGGAUUAAAUGCAUCUAAAUAAUCAAUUUAUGUCCGUGUAGAUGAGUAAAAGUGUGCACAUGCACGCACACCUUAGAGUGUAUGAUGUGACUGAGCUUUCGCUGACGUGAGUGUGUCGAUCUGUGCUCCAGUGGUGUGUGUGGUUUUGUACUGAUAGUUCACCCUCCCCUCAGUUAUAAUCCCAGAACCUGCAGUCAAGGUGUUUGUGUUGAGGAUCUACAGUAUUUGUGAAGUUGAGAGCCAACGUGUGCCAUCUGCUGAGGUCUGUUUUGGCUGUGGGCCCUGCUGGAUGGCAAGUAAACAGGAGAGUGUGAUAAUUGAUUUAGGCUUCAUUGUCUGUGUUUCGGUUUACUGGUUUGACUGGUCCUGUCUGUUUCUGCAUGCACUGUUGAUGCACCAAAAAGCCUUAUGAGGUGUGUAUAAGCUGUGAGACUGGCCAGUUCAUUUAAAUAUAUAAGGGAAAGAAAUUUACUGAGAUAUACAGAAGAUCCUAAAUAAAGAUGAAAAUAUCUAUUUAUUCUUGAAUUGAUUUAGCCAGACCAUGAUAACUAUUUAUACUAUUUUAAGAUAUAUAGUUCUGUGCUAACUGUGAUAUCAGCACCUGCUCUGUUUGAGGUUUUGCCUCCAGUUUUAAAUGUCUGAGUUCACAAACUUAGUUCAGAAUCACAACUUCCAUAGUUUUGCUUAGAGUUAUUUGGCUGUACCACUCCGCUGACCAUGACACUGACUGUUAUGAAUUUAAGAAGAGGCAGGAAGGAACAAAACUCUUGUUGGACAAGAGACAUAAAUAGGUGGCUACACCCAAAUGCCACUGUGUGUGUGUGUAUGUGUGUAAAAUUUGUUGUGUAUCUGAAUUAUUUACCUGAUUUGAGAACAGAAAUUUAAGCUUUGAGGGGCCUGAGAAGAAGGGCCUUCUCUCAAAAUGUUUGUGCCAGCUGUUUCUCUCUCGUUUUAUGUUGUGCAUAUUUUACUUACUACAGGUUUUACUCUGAAUUUGUUUGGACUGAAAAGUUUUGAUGUGUGGUACUACCAAAUGCAGUGUCGAAGAAUUGGAUUAAUAAUGUGUUCUAAUAGUUACUUGGCACUUGUCCGAUGAAAAGGUGGUGAAGAUUCUGCACAAUCUGUUGUCUUUCUGUAAUGUGAUCUGCAAUACUACUGAGAAACCCUCUUCACACAUUUACUGGCACUCGCAUGUGCAUAUUAUUGAGAUUUGUCCAAAAUGAACUAAAUGCACAAAAUUA